CUUUACUCUGAAGGUCCCCCCGGAAGCAGUUGGUUUUCCGUUAGCGCGCCUGCCGCCGGAGCAUCACAACAUUGUCCUGCUUUGUUCCCGGGAUCGAACGCGUCGCCCUCUUCUCACAUGAAGCGUGCAUGAAACCAGGCAAUGUCCACCAUGGUGUAUCCACGAGAAGAAGCCCUGGAGCGCCUGAGCCAGGAUGAGAUCGUCCUCAACACCAAGGCCGUCAUGCAGGGCCUGGAGACCCUGCGGGGGGAGCACGCCCAGCUCCUCAACUCCCUGCUGGACUGCACCCAGCCCCCCGUCGCCCAGGAGAAGUCCGGCCUGCUCCGCAAGAGCCUGGAGGCCAUCGAGCUCGGCCUGGGAGAAGCACAGGUGAUCAUCGCCCUGUCCAGCCACCUGAGCGCCGUGGAGUCGGAGAAGCAGAAGCUGCGCGCCCAGGUGCGUCGCCUCUGCCAGGAGAACCAGUGGCUGCGGGACGAGUUGGCCGGGACGCAGCACAAGCUGCAGCGCAGCGAGCAGAGCGUGGCCCAGCUGGAGGAGGAGAAGAAGCACCUGGAGUUCAUGAACCAGAUCAAGAAGUUCGACGAUGACGUGUCGCCGUCGGAGGAGAAGAGCCAGGGCUCAGGUGGAGGGGGGGGGAGCGGAGGAGGAGACACCUCCAAGGACAGUUUGGACGACUUGUUCCCCAACGACGAUGACCAAGGACCAGCUCAGCCCAGUGGGGAGGUGGCGGCCCAGCAGGGAGGCUACGAGAUCCCAGCGCGCCUCAGGACGCUGCACAACCUGGUGAUCCAGUACGCCUCCCAGGGGAGGUACGAGGUGGCCGUGCCGCUGUGCAAACAGGCCCUGGAGGACCUGGAGAAGACGUCUGGACGCGACCACCCCGACGUCGCCACCAUGCUCAACAUCCUGGCCCUGGUGUACAGAGACCAGAACAAGUACAAGGAGGCAGCUCACCUCCUGAACGACGCCCUGGCCAUCAGGGAGAAGACGCUGGGGAAGGAUCAUCCCGCUGUGGCUGCCACGCUCAACAACCUGGCUGUGCUGUACGGAAAGAGGGGCAAGUACAAGGAGGCUGAGCCGCUCUGCAAGAGGGCGCUGGAGAUCCGAGAGAAGGUGCUGGGGAAGUACCACCCCGACGUGGCCAAGCAGCUGAACAACCUGGCGCUGCUGUGUCAGAACCAGAGCAAGUACGACGAGGUGGAGUACUACUACCGACGAGCCCUGGAGAUCUACGAGUCCAAACUGGGAGCCGACGACCCCAACGUGGCCAAGACCAAAAACAACCUGGCCACAUGCUACCUGAAGCAAGGGAAGUUCAAAGAUGCCGAGUCUCUGUACAAGGAGAUCCUGACCCGGGCUCACGAGAAAGAGUUUGGAUCCGUCAACAAUGACAACAAGCCGAUCUGGAUGCACGCAGAGGAGAGAGAGGAGAGCAAGGGAAAACGCAGGGACUCUGGCCCGUAUGUGGAGUACGGGAGCUGGUAUAAGGCCUGCAAGGUGGACAGCCCCACGGUGAACACCACCCUGAAAAGCCUGGGAGCGCUGUACCGUCGUCAGGGUAAACUGGAAGCAGCAGAGACUCUGGAGGAGUGCGCCAGCAAGUCACGGAAACAGGGCAUCGAUGCCAUUAACCAGAGCAAAGUGGUGGAGCUGCUGAAGGACGGAGGAGCCGGCGGCAGCGACAGACGACACAGCAGGGAGGGAAUCAACGGACCUGGGGGACAGCGGGGGGAGGGCGAGGGCGAUGACUCUGCCGAGUGGAACGGGGACGGGAACGGGUCUCUGCGCCGCAGCGGCUCCUUCGGGAAGAUCCGCGACGCUCUGAGGAGGAGCAGCGAGAUGCUGGUGAAGAAGCUGCAGGGGAGCGGCCCUCAGGAACCUCGGAACCCAGGGAUGAAGAGAGCGAGUUCCCUCAACUUCCUCAACAAGAGCACCGAGGAGACCACGCAGGACUGUUGCAGGACGCCGCCUCCGGACUGUCGGACUGCAGGGGGCUCAGCGCCAGCAACGUGGACCUGUCCAGACGCAGCUCCCUGAUUGGCUAGGACAGCGGCGGGAGGCGGGACAGAGCAGGCACCGAGCGCCCGGCAGGAGAGGCUGCUUGCAGCUCGGUUUGAUCAAAACAAACGCACCUAAAGCUUAAAGCACCUGCAGCAUCAUUUUAAAGACCAUCACCACACGAAGACGUGACCCUGCUGCUUCACUGUACAAACAUCAGAGAAUAUUUAGAUACACAUUUAUGAGCAUGCUGCUUCGAUCGCUGCACCUGAACGCCUCGUGUUUUUUGACUCAAAGCACCGUAGCAAAACCUCGUAUCCACGAUGUGACGAGUCCGUUUCCUCCAUCUACUCGUGUGCAGACAUUUAGCCUCAGCUAGGCUAACAGCUAACCCAGUUUCAGUUGAGUUCAGAUCUGUAUAUUUCACUAGUAGCAUGAAAUAUUCACUGAGGCUAAACAUCAAAUACAGACGGUAAAAAAGGUACAAUUAGAUUUGACCUGUCUGAAAGAGAAAAGAAGCAAUCGUUGCAACUGUUCGUCAAAAAACAGCGCUCAUCAUGUAAACCUCACUUUUUGCCUUGUUUUUUAUGUAUAUACAGUUUUAAAUUAUUUGAUAUUUCGUUCUUUGUA